AUGGGUGAUAAUGUAGAAACACCGGAUAAUUAUCCUAAAUUAAAACAAUAUGAUGCUUGGUGUAGACGUGUAGACGAAAUAACAACCGCACCAGGUUGGAAGGCACUGAACGAUGUCGCCGCAGAAGAAGGGUUGAUUGCCAUCGGUUAUGAACGCAGAUACAAAGAGUAUUCAAGAGUUUAUCAAUUUGCCAAACAAUAUCUUUACGCUCCUUCGUCCGCAAUGUAUGCAUGCCCGCUAUCUAUGACAGAUGGUGCUGCUCGUGUUUUGGAGUUGAUAGGUACAGAAGAAAUGAAAAAACAAUAUUAUUCUCGGCUCAUUAGUCGUGACCCUGCUAAAUUCUGGACAAGCGGUCAGUGGAUGACUGAACGGCCUGGCGGUAGCGAUGUGAGUCGGUCAGAAACGCAAGCUAAAUUACUUGAUCCAACCACAAAUACUUGGUCUAUCUCUGGAUUCAAAUGGUUCUCUAGUGCUACAACAGCCGAUCUAACCAUGCUAUUGGCACGUUCCGUGAAUACCCAGAAUGGCACCGUGAAGACUGGAAGUAAAGGCCUGUCUCUCUAUAUUGCAGAAAUGAGAUUGCCUAAUGGUCAGCUUAAUGGUGUUCGCGUUCAUCGACUGAAGAAUAAAUAUGGGACGAAAGGGUUACCCACUGCCGAACUUGAGUUAAACAGGAUGCAAGCUAAAAUGCUGGGCAAGCCAGGCCGUGGUGUACCUUGUAUUGCUGCUAUACUAAAUAUUACUCGUAUCUAUGCUUGCUUAGGUGUUGUCUGUUCUUUACGACGUUCUUUAGCUAUUGCUAAGGAUUUCGCAGGAAAACGUCAAGCGUUCGGUAAACGCUUGGAUCAGACACCUCUUCAUAUUACGACGUUGGCUGACUUGGAGUUAGUAUUUCGUGCUGGUGCACAACUUGCUUUCUACUGUAUUCAACUUUUAGGCCGUACAGAAUGCUCUCAUCAUGGCAGCAGCAGCAACAACGACAAUGAGGACAUGGUUAUUUUACGGUUCCUAACACCCAUUGCUAAGGCUUAUGUUUGUAAGAUGGGUGUCACUGCUUGUAGCGAGGCUAUGGAGGCAUUAGGAGGCCAAGGGUAUAUGGAAGAAAUAGGCAUUGGAAGGCAGCUGCGUGAUGCGCAGGUCAAUACAAUAUGGGAAGGUACGACCAAUGUACUGGCCAUGGAUGUCUUACGCGUCAUGCGAGAGACGAAAGGACAAUGUUUGCUGACAUUUGAAAAGGUCGUAAAAGACAAAACCAAGUAUGCUAAAGCUAUUUUCAAAGAUGAUCAGACUACAUCCAAAAUUAUUCAAGCUAUUGAUACAGCUAUGCAAAAUAUCAAAAAAUUUGUUGCAAGCUCAUCAAUACAAGAAAAUAAGGCAGAAGUGGAAGCUAAUGCUCGGCAGUUGACUUUCGCUUUGGGAAGAACACUGGCUGGUACUUUAUUGUUAGAGCAGGCUGCUUUCGAUACUGCUCAUGACCUAAAGGACGCCGAAGAAGAUAUUUUGGUAGCUCAACGGUGGUGCAAGGCUUUUGAAUUUACAAAGCCAAUCAUUCCUGUUGGUCCUUAUGAAAUACAAGAAGAAGCCAGAAUUGUCUUUGGCCAUGAUGCAAAAAUAUAA